AUGGUCUAUCUCCAACCUGAAGAAAAUCCCGCUGCCUUUGCGGCGUUUGCCUCGAUCCCGACCCUAAAAGAUGAAACUAAGGUCCAAACAUUAACACAGAUGAUGAGCGGGCAGAUGAUUCCACCCACUCCUCGAUGGGACUGGUUCGCAACAAGCUUUACACCAAGUUCAUCGCUUUACGAAGAUAUCUCAGAGAUGUUUAUCUCGGCGACGGAAGUAGAGACAAUAAAAUCUCUGCAGUCUGGAACGCUCGCACUGGGUGUCCAGCCGAUUCCGCCCAGCGCUGUAGCUGCCGGGCAUGAGCGCGGCGGAAACGCGCUUGGCCUGCGAAACGAGGCCCAAACUUGGUUCGUCCUGGAUGCUGGCUGGCACAAGCCCACCGACGACGGUACAGUGCACAAUGCGACACGAUCGUUGUUAGAUACGAUUGAGGAAGAUGCACAGCGUAAAGCAGUUUAUGUCCCAUACAUAUUUAUGAAUGAUGCGAGUUGGGAUCAGGAAGUCAUUGGGCACUAUGGAACCAAAAGCGCACAGCGACUGAAGAAGGUGCAGAGUGAAUAUGAUCCUGAUUGUGUCUUUCAGAGUCUUGUACCGGGAGGGUUCAAGUUGUCUUGA